AAUAAAAAAGAUCAGGCGAGAGAGAGAGAGAUUAGUUUAAGAAAUAACCAUAGAAAAAGAGAAGUUCUAAUCGAAGAUAUAUGUGUGUAUUUAUAUAUCAGAUCACAUCUUUCUUUUUCUUCUUCCCCUUCUUCUCUUUCUCUUCCAGACUCGUAAGAACAAAACAACAAAACUGAGUUUUUGUUGUUAUUGAUGUCUUCAAUGAGGGAAGGGGUUUAAUAAGGAUCAGUGGCUCUUGAGUAGGAUAACUACUCGAAAAGAACCAAAGGAAUAUAACAUUUAAUAUAAAUGGAAGAGGAAAACCAAAAAACACAUCGAUCAGUUUCACGUAAAGACAGGAGUAGUGGAGCCGGUGAAGAAGCGGCGCCAGGAGACAAAUGCUCCGGUGAAAGGUGCCGGUCGUCGUGGGCUGCGGCGGCGAUAGCAGACUGUGUGGCGCUUUGCUGUUGUCCCUGCGCCGUCGUGAACCUCAUCACUCUUGCAUUCGUCAAGGUCCCGUGGAUGAUUGGGCGGAAAUGUAUCGGCAGGAGAAAGAAGAGAAAGAAAAAGAUGGAGCGUGAGGAUCGUUUUCAUCACAACCAGAGGUCGGAGCCGGUGAAAGGCGUGAGUAGUGGAUGUUGCGGGGGAGGAUAUGGAGAGUUGGAUGACCACCGGUUUGUGGUGGAGAGAGAUGGAAGUCUAACGAAGGAGGAGGAGGAGGAGAAAACGGCGACGUUUAGGGGAGAAGAUGAGGCGAGGAUCAGUGCGAGAGCUGAAGCUGAGAGAGUUUGGUUGGAAUUGUAUCAGAUUGGACAUCUUGGCUUCGGUAGAGUCUCUUUCACUGGUAUUCAUCAGUAAUAAAAAAAAAUCUUGAGUAACUUCCAAAAGAGUAGUAAGUACUUAUGUCUUGUAAAAUUCCAUAGUAUAGAAAAUAAAAUAAAAGCUCCACGAUUACACU